UCUUUAACAUCGACAGCCUCUUUGGGCUUCAUGUUCCACGGCCACACGUGUGGAGUCAUUAAGAUUGCUGAGCCCUUCGGGUUUAUCUGUUGCGUCCGGUAUCUGCACGCUCACCAUGCUGCCUUGAUUUAUUGAUAAGAACACUUGUUUUCUGCAAAACAGCAGAGUGAGACGAAACACGUGAUUGCCAGCAAGACUGGUAGCUGGUCGUGCAUUGAUGGAGCAGAGGUGCGUCAUUUUGAGGCGGUACGUCAUUCCCCGUUAAAAAAGGCUUGACUGCCUUUUAAGAUUUCGGGGAUACGCUGUACUGUCGGAAAUGAACGAUGCAGAGUUUUAUUGCGGCAGUUUGUCUGUGAUGUCCAGCCUGUCUGUGCGCUCUAAUGGGAAAACGUGGAGGCACAUACCUCUUCCCCCUGCUGCCUGGCAACCUGCGUGCUCAUGUCAUGCAGCAGUGCUCGCAGUCUCUUACACAGCCAGCUGCAUGCUUGCACACACUCACCGAUUAUUUGCUCCAUAAAUGCUGUGUUAGCUAUGUGAAAUACUCUCAAUCUUUGCUACGUUAUCUUCGAUUCCUUUAAAAUUGCACCCAUGAAGGAUCCAGGCGUAAAAAGAUACUAUGAAAAUGAUGUGAUACGUGCAAUAUGCUUGCGAGAGUUCUGAGAAUACCCACCCUCUCCAUCACUCUGCACUCCAAUGUAGAAUGCGUCUCAUUCCUACUUUGUAAUGUGCAUUUUGUUUUCUGUUGUUUUGAUCCAUGAAUAACUCCCUCCACUACAGCUAAUUAGGCCCUCCUGAGACUGUCUUUCCUGACUUGCAUUUGAGUAGGAAAAUUCCUGCUGCCUUAGAGAGCCGAGUGUUGAAACUGUUACUGUGUAGAUGAAUUAAAUUUGGCUUUUUAUAAGGGGUAACUAACUGAUGGACCACACUGCAGGGAAUGUGAGGAGGUAAUCAGUAAUGGCUCCUCCCUUCCUUUACGGUAGGCAGUACAUGGAAACAUGGCUUUUAUCGUUGAGCCGAAUCUUGAGCCAAAGCGUCGCACAGACAUCUGUGGGUCUUGACAGCAUCCAUUCAGCUGAUGACCAGCAGUCAAAGGGCCUCACCCUGGCCUUGGUUGGACUAAUUUCUUGGCCAUUGUUCUUCUGCAGAGGAUUUGAAAAGGAUAUCCCGGACAUCUCCGCCAAUUGGAAGGAUGCAGCCAGCUUCAACAGUUUCAUUUUCAAACUGGUGCUUCUAUUACUGGCUCAGCAAGCAUGGUGAUUUCAUUUUCAUUGGUCCAGACCAUUCUUUCAGUCUGCUGCUACCUGUCUUGUUUGAUGUCCCUGCCGUUCAGUGAUGCAGUAUGGUGAUCUAAUUGUCAAUUUGCAAGGUGAAAGGCAGGGCAACUUGGCUCUAAGAAAAGGCUCUUAAUGAGUUUCGUAGGGUACUCAUUAGACAUGCACACAGUGUGUUCAGGGGUAAUUGGGAAUGUAUUAUUGAUGUUCUGCCAUAUCUUUCGUCAGACGACUAUUGAUGCCUGACAGUUGUCAGACGAUUGUCACCUCUGAAAUCGAUAGUUAAGGUGAAAAUGAAGAUAAGCAACUUGUGCCGUUUGAUGUAGAAGUGUUCCAUGCCUUCAAUAUACAAAAUAUACCCUCGAAAACCUAUAUCUGUGCCAUAAAUCACAAACACUGCACUAUGAUGACAAAUCUUCUCUGAUCGCCCUAGAUACUGAUGUACCUAAGCCAAUGUGUUGAUGUAUGAGUGAUAAUGUUUUUCUGCCACCCUGCGCACUAAUGAACAUGUCAGCAGAUGAAGCUGAGGGGCUUGUUUACUGUACAGUCUGGUGCUGGCCAGGAGAGCGGAACCUGCAUGGGAAAUCCUGCUGGCUCUCUUAGAUGUGUGAGUGGUUGCCAUGGCUUUAGCUCCCGCAGGAGAGCAAGCAGAGCCUGGUGACAAAAUUACCCAACUCAUCCAGCACCUGUGGCACAUCUCCGGAAGCUUCUAACUGGAAAGGUCCCCUUGGAGCUGCAAUGGAGAAGAUACGGAGCACUUUGCACACCGAACGGUACAGUGAAAAAUUCUUCCAAACUCGACGGAAUGCUUAGAAUGAUUUGGAACAAUCUUUAUUGCUCAACUUGUUGAACUUCUUUGUGAUUGGUCUCUCCACUUAACCUGGAUGGUUGUUUCCGAGGAACUAUGGCAGCAGAGCCCAUGAUGAAAGGGUUGAGCUCAUUUGGAUUAGUUUAAUUUUUAUUAUUUCCUGAUGACUUGCAGACAAAGAACUUUUGUUGAACUGGACACAGUGAGGAAUUGAGCUGCCUGCUGUAAUUGAAUUUUCAGCUUUCAAAUUUGCUUUCAUUUGAUUGAUGAUACUGGGGGGCAAACAAGAGCAUUACUAUAGCAACGGGAAAAGAUUGAGUGUGAGCUCUUGAUGUGUCCAGAGUUUGAUUUCUAUCUCCGAGCUUGCCAUCACCAACUAUUAAUGGAACAUUGUCAGUGGCUGAGAGAGCGGAACCCCUUGCUCAGAUUUGUCUUCUUUGCAGUUUACUUGGAAUCGACUCUCCCGGUUUGGUGUCUUGGUGGGCGUGAGGGAGUGUCUGAAGAGCCCCAGAGUCAUGAGGACGCUGCACAGAUGAAACCACCAGAUACAGCCCAACACAGGAAGCCACUCUCGUAAUUAAGGAAAUCGUUCGGAAAGACGCUUGCUCUCCCUCAGCCUUGGACAAGAUUUGUGUUUCCGUCCUUGUCAGUGCCACGCUCGCGAGUGGAUUUUGUCCAUUGGUAAUGAACUACAUCUUUGGUGGGAACACCUUGUACUCCAGGGGGAGUCGAGGCGGCAGCACCAGCUCAACCCAUGGUGGUUCUGUGGGACCCAGGCUUCGCCACUGGUCUAUGCGCAGCUCCUCUGAAGAGCCUGCCGAAACCAGUCGGUCCCGCUGGCGCCGCAUCCUGGCCGUCCUCACUCGCCUCAAUGCCUUCACCAACUGUGUUGCUGCAAGAGCCAACCAGCAGACAGAUGCUGCCCCACCCUCCGCUCCCAUAAUCCCCGUGAUCCCAAUCUCGCCCGUCCCUGCGGAGGCCGCAGUCAUCCCUCCACCGACGUCACAGGCAAAUCCACCCCCUGUUGUGGUGAAUACGGAAAGUUUGGAUUCAGCCCCAUACGUGAACGGCACAGAGGCGGACUAUGAGUACGAGGAGAUCACACUUGAGCGAGGUAAUUCCGGGCUGGGCUUCAGCAUUGCAGGCGGCACGGAUAACCCUCACAUCGGAGAGGACCCCAGUAUCUACAUCACCAAAGUCAUCCCAGGAGGCGCUGCAGCUCAGGACGGGAGACUUCGGGUGAAUGACGUUAUCCUGCGUGUGAAUGAGGUGGACGUUAGGGACGUAACCCACAGCAAGGCUGUAGAAGCGCUGAAGGAGGCCGGCUCACUGGUCAGACUCUACGUCAGAAGGAGAAAGUCGGUCUCUGAGAAAGUCAUGGAGAUCAAACUGGUUAAAGGGCCCAAAGGGCUUGGCUUCAGUAUAGCAGGGGGUGUCGGGAACCAGCACAUCCCAGGGGACAACAGCAUCUACGUCACCAAAAUCAUAGAAGGAGGAGCUGCACACAAAGAUGGGAGACUUCAAAUAGGAGACAAACUUUUGGCUGUGAACAGCGCCUGUCUGGAGGAGGUGACCCAUGAGCACGCCGUGACUGCCUUGAAAAACACUACAGACGUGGUCUACUUGAAAGUGGCUAAACCCAACAGUGUCUUCAUGAAUGACAGCUUCGCUCCUCCGGAUAUCACCAACUCUUACUCCCAACACAUGGAGAACCAUAUCAGCCCCCCAAACUUCCUGAGCCAGACGGUGCCCCCCGCCUCCUCUGGACGUUACUCCCCCACCCCGAAGACCACACAUGGGGAGGAUGACAUGACGAGAGAGCCCAGGAAGGUGGUCCUGCACCGGGGCGCUACAGGUCUGGGCUUUAACAUCGUUGGCGGAGAGGACGGAGAGGGCAUCUUUAUCUCCUUCAUCCUGGCAGGAGGCCCUGCGGACCUGAGCGGAGAACUGAGGAAAGGAGACCGCCUCGUCUCUGUGAACGGAGUGGACCUGCGCAGCGCCACUCACGAGCAGGCAGCGGCCACUUUGAAGAACGCCGGCCAGACUGUCACCAUCGUCGCCCAUUACAGACCAGAGGAGUACAGGCGUUUCGAGGCUAAAAUCCAUGACCUGCGGGAGCAGAUGAUGAACAGCAGCAUCAGCUCUGGAUCAGGCUCUCUGAGGACCAGCCAGAAGAGAUCUCUAUACGUCAGGGCGCUGUUCGACUAUGAUAAGACCAAGGACUCGGGUCUGCCCAGCCAGGGUCUGAACUUUAAGUUUGGAGACAUCCUGCACGUAGUGAACGCCUCCGAUGAUGAGUGGUGGCAGGCACGGCAGGUCACUCCGGAGGGAGAGGUGGAGGAGAUGGGGGUCAUCCCUAGCAAGAGAAGAGUGGAGAAAAAAGAGAGAGCCAGAUUAAAGACAGUAAAGUUCAACUCUAAGUCUCGAGAUAAAGGGCAGUCCCUCAAUGACAAGCGUAGAAAGAACCUCUUUUCCCGCAAGUUCCCUUUCUACAAGAACAAGGAGGCGAGCGAGCAGGAAACGAGCGAUGUGGACCAGCAUGUCACCUCUAAUGCCAGUGAUAGUGAAAGUAGUUACCGUGGGCAAGAAGAAUACGUACUGUCCUACGAGCCGGUGUGUCAACAAGAAGUAAACUACACUCGCCCAGUGAUCAUCCUGGGCCCGAUGAAGGACCGAGUCAACGAUGACCUGAUAUCGGAGUUCCCUGACAAAUUUGGCUCCUGUGUUCCUCAUACGACCCGGCCGAAGCGGGACUACGAGGUGGACGGGCGAGAUUACCAUUUUGUAGUGUCUCGAGAGCAGAUGGAGAGAGAUAUUCAGGAGCAUAAGUUCAUCGAGGCGGGCCAGUACAACAAUCACUUAUACGGCACCAGUGUGCAGUCUGUGCGUGAGGUGGCUGAAAAAGGCAAACACUGCAUUCUAGAUGUAUCAGGCAACGCAAUCAAGAGACUGCAGGUUGCUCAGCUCUAUCCCAUUGCUAUCUUCAUCAAACCAAAAUCAGUGGAGAACAUAAUGGAGAUGAACAGGAGACUGACGGAGGAGCAGGGAAGGAAAACGUACGACAGAGCCAUGAAGCUGGAGCAGGAAUUCACGGAGCACUUCACAGCCAUUGUCCAGGGAGACACCUUGGAGGAAAUAUACGAUCAAGUCAAACUCAUUAUUGAGGAGCAGUCUGGGCCAUACAUCUGGGUACUGUCCAAGGAGAAGCUAUGAACAGCUGCGAGUUCCAUUCUCCCUCCCUUGUCUCUGUUUUAUUUAUUAAUUCUCUUAACAACUUAACCCCCUGAUCCUUCAGUCCCCCCUCCAAAUCUCAGUUCACAGUCUCAUCCCUCUGAAGUCAUGAAAGACACCUGUGAAUGACAUCCACACCAGUAACUCUACAGUAGGUGUUCCUCAAGGGUGGAUAUUAGGUCCUCUUCCGAUCUCCACUGCUUCCAGCUUAGAGAGAGGGGGAGUAUGCCAGACCAGCAUCCAUUAACAGGCCUUUGAAAACGGUACAGUUCCUUAAUGUUUAAGGGAGGUUACUUUCUAAGGAAGAAGAGAUAAAUAGACUGGGCUGGAUCAUUUCUUUCAUUUCUUUUUCCUUCGUGUAAGAUGAUACAGAGGUUGCGUCUCAGGCAUCGGAAUCAUAAAAUAGAGAAACAAAAAAAAAAAAAAUUCACAAAAAGCAAAACUUUGCACGUUAUAGCUUUAAGAGCAUGUGUUCUUUGACCUUUUUUUCGUUCCUUUCCACUCAUAGUCCCAUGUUUUCAAUGCAUUUAUCAUAGUUUUGUUUUAAUUUUGACUGUUGGUUCGCAUAUUUCAUAUUUCGCUCUUCGUUACGUGUCCAUGUUAGGGAGCCUUUAUUGUUUUUUUUUUUUCGUUUGUUUUGAUCACAGUGUGCAGUCAAAAUGUUGGCUUUUCUAAAUCUAUGAUCAGUGUCUUACAUAAAGUACUACAUUUUCAAUACUUUUGAUUUCACAUGUAGGAAAGUCUGCCAUUUGUAAGGAACUGCCAUUUUAAGAGAUGUCCCUGUGCAUCUUGCGGCUUCAAUUGCCAAUGCAUACAUGAAAGAAAAAUUAUUGUACAAUGAAAUCUUAACAGAUAUUUAACCCUCCAUGAACUGCCUAUUUUGUUAUAAUAAAAAGUCUAUAUUGAACUUUACUUAAGCACUACUACUACGGGAAUUAUUUUCUUUACAUUGUAAGACGUAUAUAAGAACAAGGAAUUUUGCAGAGACUCUUAUAAUAUGGAGAUAUAUAUAUAUAUUUUUUCCUUUUUUCCUUUACCACCUUUGUCUCAUUUAUUUUCCUAUGCUGAAAUGAACGGUGCAGUAAGCGGCGCGUGUCUGUAUGAAGACUGAACGUGGAAGCUAGCAGUCGUGCAGUAUUUUUGAGUUGAAAUCACACCUAGCGCUCCUCUGGCAGCUAGCUCUCUCUCUCUCUCUCUCUCUCUCUCUCUCUCUCUCUCUCUCUCUCUCUCUCUCUCUCUCUCUCUCUCUCUCUCUCUCUCUCUCUGCCUCCAUCUGAGCUCCGUCUGCUCAUGUCAAGUCUUUUUACUGCGUGGAAGAGAGUAGUGCCUGGUCUGUUGCCCCUCCGUUCCAGCCGCCGAGAGUUUGAGCAGGAAGAACUGACUGAGCUCCGUCGGGCCUACAAGCUCCGUAAGAGACUCGUCCUUUUCUAAACCCGUCCAAGAGGGGGCGCCCCGCCUGCUCGUCUCAUGAUACAUGAUUGUUUUCUAUACUUAAGACUGCUUGUUCUACCACCUCACCACCUCUGCUUUUUAGGGACACUUUGGGACUGAAGAAGAAAAAAAAAUACAUGUAAAUAACCUACUGAUCUGAUUCAUUCCAUUGAUCAAAAAGAACCGGAGGAGAACGGCUAAUUCAACAAAUAAAACAGAACGUUUCUCAUACA